AUGAUAUUAAAUGAGGAUAUAAAAAUACCUUUAAGUAAUGUAUAUUUAUAUAAAAAUGGAGAAUUAGAAUUAAUAAAAGAAUUAGAAAAUGUUUUUAUAAAAAGAGUAAAUACAUGCUGUAAUAGCAUAAAUAUAGUGUUAAAUUCUAAUGAUAAAAACAAAUAUAAUACCUUGAUUAAAUUAAAUGAAGCAAAUAAUUGCAGUAGUAGCUAUUUAAACAUUUCUUAUAAUGACACAUGUGAUUUUAAUUUUAUAACAUCUGAUUUGAAUUUAUAUUUAUUUUAUAAUAAUUAUAAAAGACAAAAAGAAUUUAAAAAUUUAAAUAAUGAAAAUUCAAAUAAGCAAUAUAAAGAAGAAUUUACUGCAAAUGGCAAAAAUAUAAAAAACCAACAUGAAGAGGGAUCUAAAAAAGAUAAAGGAAUAUUGCAGAGAAGAAAUAUAAAAAAUUUUCUUUUAAAUAAUGAAAAAGAUAAUGUAUGGAAUUAUAAAAUAGAAAAUAUUCAUGAAAAAGAAAAAAAAAUAUUACAUAUAAUUUUUGAAAAGAUAUUUUUUUGCUCUUCAGAAUUUUACGGAAUUAACGAAGAAAAAGAAGUAUACAAAUGGAAUAUUGAUAUAGAUAAUGAUAAAAUAAUUUAUAAUUAUCACUCAAAAUUUAUUAAUUAUAUAAAUUUUUCUGAAAAAGAAAAAAUUAUCGAUAUAUCUUGUGGAAAGAAUCAUGCUCUUUUUUUAUCAAAAAAAAAAAAUUGUUAUGCUUGCGGUAGUAACUAUAAUUACCAGGUGUGUGAAGAGAAAAAAAUUUUUUAUAAUAAACCAAAGUUAGUUGUACUUGAUAAAAAAAAAAAAAAAAAGGUAAAAUAUAUUUCAGCUGGUUAUUCUCAUAAUUUAAUUUGCACAUCAGAAAAUGAAAUAUAUGGAUGGGGAAAUAAUAUGCAUGGUCAAUUACUUUCUUCUAAUAAUAAUUUUGUAAAAGUUCCUUCGUUAAUUUUUAAUCAGAAUAUAUGGAAUAAUUUAAUGAAAAAAAAAUUUAAGUCAAAAAAUAAGAAAAAAGAAGAACUUAUAAUAAAUGGAAAUAAAAAGUUUCAUGAAGAAAUAAAAACUAAAGAAGUCUACGAGAUAUUAGAAAGUAGAGAAAAAUCAUUUAUGGAUGAAAAAGAUAACGAAAAGAUUGAUGAAAUUAAAAAUUUGAAUGAACAAUUUUUUAAUUUAAAUAAUAUUAAAUGUAAAAACAAAAUAGAAAUUAAAAAAAUUUGUUGCGGUUUCUCUUUUUCAUGCAUCCUUUUAAAAAACAAAAAUUGUUAUAUUAUAGGUAAAACAAGAUAUAAUUUGAAAGAAAAUUUUAAUUAUCCUGUUAAAAUUAAUAAAAAAAAAAAAAUAGAUAAUGUUUUUUGUAAUUUUUUUGAUAUUAUUCUUGUAGAUCAUCUUAAAAUACUAAAAACAUAUCCAGCGAUAAUUAAAUCAAAUUGUAAAAAUUCUAUUUUCCUUUUUUUCAAUUUUAAAAUAAAAAAUUGCCUAGAUUUUAAUAUAAAAUUAAUAGAAAAUAAUUUUAAAGAAAAUAAAAAAUAUAAAUAUUCUAAAAUAGAUAAGGAAUGUAAAAAUAAUGAAGAAUUAAUUAAUGCUAACACUUUGCAUCCUAUAGACAAAAAUGAAAAAGAAAAUUAUACUGAAGUUUUUUUUCAUUUUAAUUAUUGCAAUGACAAAAUUAUUUAUAAUCUUAGUUCUUCCAAUUUAUUUGAUUCUUUUUCUAAGAAUUUAUGUGAUAUAAAAUCCGAACAUUCGGUAUCAUGUAAAAUUAACAGAAAUAAAAUAAAUAAAAAAUUAUUCUUAAUUUUAUAUAAUUCUAUUUUUUACUUAAAUAGUAAUGAAAAUAUUAUUUUAUCAAAUUAUGAAGGAAAAAUAAAAAGUAUACUACCAAACAAUUUAGCAUUAAUAAAAAAUAUAAAAAUUAAAAUAAAAAUAAAUAAAGCACCAAUUUAUGUCAAAAAAGAUUAUAUAAAUGUUUUAUAUCAUUUUAAAGAUGACAAAAAUGAAUAUUAUAAAUUCAGUAGAGGGAGAAUGAAUAAAAAAAGAAAGUGCAUAUAUACAAAUACAUCUUUUAUAAAUAGUAAUAAUAGUCAAUCAUCAACAUUAAAACAAUUUAAUAGAUGUGAUAUAUAUUUUUCACUUGGUAAUAAUUUUUACUUAAAUUCUUUUCCUAUUACUAUUAUAAAACCUGAAAUAUUAAAUAUUAUUCCAAAUAACGUUGAUGUGCAUGAUAAUAAGAAUGUUAAUAUAAACAUGCUACAUCUUUCUAAUAAAUUUGAGUAUCUUCAUGUAAUUUUAUAUAACCAGCAUUUACAAUUUAUAUACAAAAAAGCUUACUAUAAUUCUAAGGAAAAUAAUUAUUAUUUUUCUAUACCAUUAAUUCCAGUUAUACUUUUUAAAAAAGUUCAAUCAGACUUCUUAAAAUUCAAUGUGUUUGCUUCAUAUAAUAACGUGGAAUAUAGCAAAAAUGAAAUAAUCUUAACAGUUUUCAAUGUAUAA